AUGAUACUUUUUAUAGUUAACGUGCUUGCUCUACGAUAUGUUGGCAUAAUAUUGAUAGUCUUUUCAAUCGUAACACCUUUUACGGUAAGUACUACUAAUUGUACCUUCUAUUAUAAAGUAAAUGCUUCCACAUUUUAUAAACUGUAAAAUAUCAAGGAAGACCCUAUCGAUCACAACUUUAUUUUUUCCUACUCUCAUAUACCUAUAUAUCUUAUUGAAACUUAAAUAUUAAUAUAAGCCUUUUAGUUAUUCCUAUUCCUACCCCGUAUAACACGCCACCUUAACCGACAGUAUCUUCUCACGGCUAAAGAGCGGCUUCAAGAGUUGAAAAAGCUACCGGCCAAAGUGGCAGCACUAACUAUUCAUUCUCGAAAUGCUACAUUAAGCGAGAGGUACCAAGCAGCAGAGAACAUGAGAUCAGCCAGACUAUUGAACAUUAUCAUACCUGUCAUGGUGGCUUUGUUGGCUAUUGCUUGUGUAUUUUAUGUAGUUGGGUUGUAUUUACCAAAUCCAUCAAUAUUAAGGUCAUUGAUCAAUCAGUGCUUCUACUUUUUACUUACUACUGCGGUAAGUGCUUUUGAUGCUAUGUUAGAGUAGAAAAAGUAGAGUAAAGCUGGAUAGAGUAGAAUAAGGUAAAGUAGAUUAAAGAAACGUAGAAUAGGGUAAGGUAAAGUGGGGUAAGGGAACGUAAGAUAGAAUAAGGUAGGGAAAGGAAGAGUAAGUUAAAGUAAAGUAUAGAAUAGAGAAAAAAAAGUACUGUGCUGUACUGAAUGAUACUCUGUGAGGGACAAUACUGAUACGUAGGGUAGGGUAGAGUAGGGUAGGGUAGGGUAGGGUAGGGUAGGGUAGGGUAGGGUAGGGUAGGGUAGGGUUGUGUAAACUUUUUAAUUUUUGAAUAUUUUUAGAAUGUCGUGGUGAUGACAAUAGUACUACUGAAGAUAUCAUAUGUACAGAAACUGAAUUGUUGUAGUCCAAUGGCAAAAAGAAACGCAUUAGUGGAUUCCGAUCGACCAACUAUUAGUAUGAAUAAUACUGCAGAACAAAUUGCUAAUAUUUAUUUUGAAAGUUAUAAAAAUGCUUGGAACUAA